UGGUUGUUAUCUCCUCUUCCAUCACAAAGUGGAAAACAUUUAAUUUUGAGGCAAUGCAAGAAAAUACUGGUGGAGGUUGCAUUUGCUGCAGGAUGGGGAAGAGUUGAGGACGUCUUGCAUUCCUACUAUCCAGAAAGGGUGAUCAUUAUCAUUUUAUUUGGAAUAUUUGUAAGAUAUAGUGCAGGGGACAGCUUGAGCAAACCAUCCACUGGUCUGGAGUUAUACCCAAUCUUUCAGGAUGUUCAUGUGAUGAUAUUUAUUGGGUUUGGUUUCCUGAUGACCUUCCUGAAAAAAUAUGGCUUCAGCAGUGUUGGCAUCAACUUGCUCAUUGCUGCCUUGGGCAUCCAGUGGGGCAUCCUCCUACAAGGAUUUUGGCACAUGCAAUCAAAUACUAUCCCUAAUGCCAUUGAAAGUAUGAUAAAUGCAGACUUUAGCACAGCAGCUGUCCUGAUCUCAUUUGGAGCUGUCCUGGGGAAAACAAGUCCAGUUCAGAUGCUGAUUUUGACCAUUUUUGAAAUCACUGUCUUUGUAUGCAAUGAACAUCUUGUGGUGAAUGUGCUAAAGGCCACGGAUACUGGGGCAUCCAUGACCAUUCAUGCUUUCGGAGCUUAUUUUGGUUUGGCUGUAGCCAGAAUGCUCUACCGACCAGGCCUGAAAAAGGGACAUGUCAAAGAAGGUUCUGUUUACCAUUCAGACUUAUUUGCUAUGAUUGGUACUCUUUUCCUUUGGCUCUUUUGGCCCAGUUUUAACUCGGCCAUUGCGAAAUCAGGAGAGGACCAGCAGAGGGCAAUCAUGAACACAUAUUUCUCUUUGGCAGCAUGCACCCUCACCACAUUUGCUUUCUCUAUUCUGGUUGAACACCGAGGCAAACUGGACAUGGUACACAUUCAAAAUGCUACCUUGGCAGGCGGUGUUGCUGUGGGGUCAUGUGCUGACCUGAACAUCUUGCCCUUUGGGGCUAUGUUAAUUGGUAGCAUAGCAGGAAUCAUCUCAGUUAUUGGAUACAAAUACUUAACUCCAUUUCUGGCCUCCAACUUGAAAAUUCAAGACACCUGCGGUGUCCAUAAUCUACAUGGCUUACCUGGACUAUUGGGAGGCAUUGCAAGUAUCAUUGCAGCUGCUGUGCAGGUUAACAGCACAAUAUCUGUUGGGAUGCAGGCUGCUGCUCUAGGCUGCUCUGUUGCAAUUGCUCUGGUAGGAGGAGCAUUCACAGGAUUACUUCUCAAUUUGCCUUUCCUGGGACAGCCACCUGAUCAGAACUGCUAUGAUGACUCCGUAUAUUGGGAGAUUCCCACUGAUAGAGAAGCACUUCUGGAAAGCAAUAUGCAUUAUGAAGAAGAUCCCAGCAAACUCAACGUAGAAGCAUAGAAAGAGUUAUACGCAUGCACUUUUUUUCCACAUGAUGUUUUCAAUUCCUGAUUAAAUAUCCAUCACAUCUAUUGUUUUUUUGUACCUAUUUCUAUUUUGCUGAAAAAUAAAGCCAGAACAAAUUC